AUAGUAUAAUGAGGCUGCAAAGGUAUAAUUCAUUUUCACAUUUUUUUUUAGAAGAGAAACCAUUUGCAGUUUUGCCAUUUAUGGCAACGACGCGCCUCAGUGGGUUCUUUUUUCACUCAACUUAGUUUCGAGCCGGACGUAUUUUUAAGUCAGCAACAAACAUGGCAGCCCCUGUCAGACGAUCAUGCUUACAGUAUUUAAUACAUCUUGCUCAAGACAAUUUGGACUUCAGGUUACCGGAGAUUGAAGCUCUGCUGGCUCUUAGGGGGAAGAAAAUCCAUCCUGGGAGAAAUUUCAAAGAAAAGGCGCCGUUCUGGUGUCUAGAUGAUUUGACAGAAGAAGAUGUCCGCAGCAUCAUGGCCAGAUCUGUUUGUGCAAAGUCUGCUUUUGAACUGUGGGGCCACGGGCGGACACACAGCGAGCUCAGAACAUCUUUACUGAACUACCCAGUGGAGAACAUGUCACCAUAUAUGCACAAAGACUCAACAUACAGAAUAAAUGUUUACACUUUCAACAAAACCCUGGAGUUUAGUGAGAGAAUUAAACGUAUUGAUGAAAUGGAAUAUCUUCCAUUUGAGGGUGUAGUAAGCCUAAAGAACCCUCAGCACAUCUUCUGUUUGCUGGAAGAUUACGGCACUGACCCCAACAACAUCCCUGAGCAUCCAGAUUACAUAUAUUUUGGCCGAUGGAUAGCAGAUGGCCAACGUGAACUGAUUCGUUCGCACAGUGUGAAGAAGCGACACUUCAUAGGAAACACCAGUAUGGAAGCAUGCCUCUCAUUCAUUAUGGCCAACCAUGCUCGGGUCAAAGAGCACGACCUUGUCUUUGAUCCAUUUGUUGGUACUGGAAGUCUGCUGGUCGCAUGCUCUCAUUUCGGAGCCUACGUGUGUGGAACAGAUAUUGAUUACAACACUAUCCACGGCAAAGGGAGGUCAAGCCGUAAAAACCAAAAGUGGCGUGGACCUGAUGAAAACAUUCGAGCCAACCUGCGACAGUACGGAACAGAGAAGACGUUUGUAGACGUGAUGGUGUCUGACGCUUCCAAGCUUGUUUGGAGGAAGACCCCAAUUUUUGAUGCCAUCAUUACAGAUCCUCCAUAUGGUAUACGUGAGUCUACAAGAAGAACUGGCUCCCAUAAAGACACUGGAAAACCUCCGGAUAGCAUCUAUGCUGAGUCACAUGUGGCUGUGUCACAGUCCUACCACUUGAGUGACAUCUUAGCUGACCUGUUAAACUUUUCUGCGCAUCACCUGGUCACGGGAGGGAGGGUGGUCUACUGGCUGCCUGUUCAUCGACCCGAAUACUGUGAGGAGAUGGUUCCCCUUCAUCCAUGUCUGCGGCUCAUUAGCAACUGUGAGCAGACGCUAUCAAGCCACACAUCCCGCCGCCUGAUCACCAUGGAGAAGGUCAAAGAACCCAAGGAUCUAGACAGCCAGGCGGACCCUCGCUUCUGCCCCUACCAGGGACACAACGGCUUCAGAGAGAAGUACUUCAGUGGAGUCAACAAGAGGCUUAACAAGGAGAACAAAUCUAAUGCCAAAGGAGACACAAUCAUUUAAGUAAUUAGGUCAUCUAUUUUCCAAAAAAGGGCUGUAAUAAAUAUUUUAGAAAGAUGAUAAAUCUUAGUUUGUUUUAAUACUGUUAGUGACAUAUACUGCACUUAAAUAUAUGUAAAGUGCUUUUUACUUACCGGGUAGUUAUUUGUAUUAGUUUACCUACACCACUGUAAACUACAACUUCAUAAUUGAACGUUAUCAUGUAAAUACAGAACUUGUUAAUGCAGCCAUUGUUUGGUAUUAAUUCCUGAUGUGGUUGGUGAGUGUAUUUGUUGUUGUUUUUUUAACACAUUUGAAGUUUGUUAUUUAUGCCUUCCUCUAUUUGUUUAAUACAUGUACAAGAUUACCCUUUGAGUUUUUAUUAUGAAAAGCAAUUAACUCAUUGCCUAUAUCUACUCAGUGUACACGGCAAGUAGCAAAUAAACCAAUAUUGAAUUGACAAUGUCUCCAAAAUUCCAACUCCAUUCCAUGAAUCUGUAUUGAGGUUGCAAACAGGAAGUAUAAUUAUAAUUACAAUUCUAACAUGCUAAAUGAGCAGUUCAGGGAGUAUGUUAGCAUGUGGGGUAAAAAGUAAUUAAUUGAUAUUGUUUCCCAGUGCUAUUUUGCUAAUGUGAGUGUAAGCAGUGUGGAAUUUUAGCCAAUUUUGUAAAUAUAAAACUAAAAGACAUACAUAUUGCUACUUGUGUUAUGUUGCGAGCAUACUAAGUGUUAGCACGAUAGGAUUUUAGCCAAUGUUAUAGGUAUAAAACUAAAGUGCUAAGAUAUCACAAGUGUUAGCAUGAAGUCUUUGAUCCAGUUGUGUUGGUAAAAAACUAAAAGUCAUUGAUAUUGUUACUUGGUUCUAUCUUGUUAGCAUAGUAAGUGUUAGCAUGAUAAAAAAUUUAGCCAGUUUUGUUGGUAAAAAACUGAAAGUCAUGAAUAUUGAUACUUUGUGUUAAUUUUCUAGCAUGCCAACUAUUGUUCGCA